AUGACGCCUGCCCCACUAACCAAAACCCUCGAAUUCGAGAAAAAGAACCAGAAGAUGCCAAAACUCCCCAAACGUAAGCUUCCUCCGCCUCUUUCUCGCGACAACCCCACUAACCUGCUACGCAAUGCAGAUGUGAAAGUCCAAAAGCGCCCCAUCCCGCAUCCCUCCACACCCUCCCCGUAUUCGGGCUCCUCAUCUCCCAAAACCAUCUACGUUUCAUCCAGCUCCCCCACAAUGGGCGUCGUCAAGCGCGUCCAGAAGUACCUUCGGGCGGCGGAGAACCGCGCCAUGGCAAAAUUGCUCAGCGGAAACAACAAAGGAAAGAAGGGCGACCGCAGGAAUCAAAUCGCACAAUUGGCGCAGAGUAACGAAGCGCUGAAGAAAGAGGAGGUGUUUGUGAAGGCUACGGGACGGGCAAUGGAGAGGGCCUUGAAGGCGGGGAAGUGGUUUGAGGCGAGGGGAGAGGAGUAUACUGUGAGCGUGAAGACGGGGAGUGUUCUUGUGGUCGACGAUGUGGUGGAGGAUAAAGAAGAGAGGAAGAAGGCGGUAGAGGAGAGUGAGAGGUUGAAAAAGGAGGUUGAGGAAGCGAAGCUGAAGGAUGGGAAUGGUGAUUUAUCCAAGUCAGCGAUGCGAAAGAGAAAGAGAGCCGUUGCGCGGUUGGAGGGCGAGGAAGAGCUGCCCGAGACUAGGACGAGGUGGGUAAAUAUGGUGGAGGUGGCGGUUUCGUUGAACCGGCAAGCCCAGUUCGGCUUCAGUCGCUUUCCGGCCCCUCGAACAGCCGCAAUGGAUCUAGACCUUGUGCCGAUUGUGCGCUUUCCCGGUGUCACGACGACGGCAGCCGGCCUGCCUUGGAAGAUUCUCCCGGUCACGCAGCGUCUACCCAGCAUCCACAUGCAUCGGGCGCUCAGCAGCAACACACAAGCAUGGUCGGCCAUUGAUCUCAUCGAAGUAUGGGUAUUCUUCACGUACAACGGCACGGCAAUCCCUCUAGCGGUCUAG